AUGGAUAAUAAUGGAUUGCAGUCCCAGAGAAAUCUUUCUUCAAUAAGCACAUGUGUUCAGACACAGGAUCUCCAUGUGACAGGCAAUGCCAGCAAUCCUUCUGACUUUGUCAAUCAUGGUGAGUGCCAACUGAUUUAUGUAUCAUCUCCGGUUAUGAUUUCCAAACAUAUGGAAUUUAUUUUUUUAGAAACCAAUUCAGUUUUUGUCUGGAUCAAAGCGACAAUCUCAAAAAUGGAAGAAAAUGGACAGGUCUUGAUCUAGAUGACUGUAGAAGAGGCCCUUAUUUUAAAGUCAUAGAGAAAAAACCCACUAUUUUUAGCGUUUGAUUGAACUUUUUGAUAAAACAUAUUUUGAUUCUUAGGUUUUCCAGUUGGAACGUAAUGGUCAGUGUGAUUGCAUUUAAAAAUUGUAUCUUCUGAUAGAUUGAUUCCCUUUUGGCGGAUGAUAUUUCAUUCUGGGUGAGAAAAUGUUUUUAGGCCGUUUCUCUACCAUACACUUUCACACGAAUCGAUAAAAAAACCUCAAAGACUUAUUUCUCAUUGAAUUUUUCUUCUUCUUAAUGUACCUGUAAUAUUUUCCCACAUAAAUCUAUUUAUGUUUAGGCCUUAUCCUUUGGAAUCAAACAAGACAACAUUGGAUCGGAUGCAGCAAACCAGAUGAUCAUACGAAGCAAGCAAUAAAACCUAGAUUAAGGUAAGUCAAGGUUCUUGUAAGAAAGUAGAUGAUGGAACUUUUUUUUCUGUACUUUUAAGUUUGUUCGUCAUAAACGUUGCUGGUUGUUUGGAGUAACAGAACAAGAGUGGGUGAAUAGUUGGAACAUGGAUCAUGCGACUAUAUUAAAAGCCAUUUAAACCGAAAAUCAGCCCAGAUGAUGACACAAGAAAGAUUUAGUUGUCAGGUUGACCUUAGACAGUAACCAAGCCCACUUCGUAAAUGGAAGAAAAUCCGAUAAACAUUUUAUGAAAUUGAAUGCUAGAGUUUUGAAAGCGAUUGAGGCUUUAUGAGUCUCAGUGUCGAGUUUUAAUGCACCAAAGGAACUGGAACUUCCACCAUGGACUUGAUAGGAAGCCUAAAUCUUGAUGAUCCUCGGAGACCUUUUUACCUCUCAUUUUUUAUCUACCAAAAUGACUUGUUAAUAAGUUCAAAAUGAGGGUUAGGUUAGGACAGAGAAAAUCCUAAGCGUGAUAGAUAUCGCUGCGCUCCAUUUCUAUAAAUAGCAUCGUACAUAGUGAUCGACAACACUUUCUUGUAGGGCAAUGUAUUGCCAGCAGUUGUUUACACAGUGGGGACCGAAGCUUGAACUCUAGGGCAAGCAUCUGAGUAUGUGAUACCUUUGUCCUUAUCGUAACACCCCACAUUUGUGUUCUGGUCGUGGACUCUAGGUCAAACUGUAUAUAUUUUAGUCACUGCUUGGGAGCCAUGUUUAUAGAUAUUUCAAUGGUUGCUGCCACAGUCAACGAGAGUUAGGUUAGGUGACGAGCGUCCCCUUCUUGCACAGCGGAAACUGAUGCAAAUACGAUGGGCAGAGGGGAGAGAGGAAAGAGGCACAGAUUUAGAUGCAAAUAUGUCUACAGUCAGUCACACUAGCUCUCGUUCUUUUUUGGAGAGAAUGUCUCACACACACUAGAAGAGGUAGGGACGUCCCCAAACACCACACCCCCCCCUUCCUCCCCCCAUCCUUAGAUAGAGACAAAUGACAAGAAUGCAUCUCGUGGACUCGCUGAAGACCCCGACUUGAUCAUUCUCUACAUACCUCCAACUGGUUGAGCUUAGAUUCAAAAUAAUUUAUCAAAUUUUGGACUACGAUCUUCGACUAUCAAAUUUAUUUGCUUCAGUUUUUUGACAGUUUGCCCCUUCUGAACGUAUAUUUAUGUGGCAUAAACUUUGCAUGGAGUCAGUGCUAGUUAGUUUAUAAAUUAUCAUUUUUUUAAUCGUCAAAAUAAACCCUAUUGGUUCUAGGAAAGGUUGAAUGAUUUGUUAAGCCCAGAGAGAUGUAAUUGCAGUAAUGUGAGACUAAACCUUCAUGUCUACGCUAAAAAGAACCCACACAGUAUUCUCUCGCUUGCCAUCUAACGCCAUAACAAACUGUUUUAUAACUGGCUGUGUGGUCGUAAUUCGAAUUCCAGUUCGGAACUUGCCAAUUCUAUCUGUGUCCGGCCAGUUCUGGGAGUCCAGCUGUCAAAGGGUUCCCACUAAUUUCUCACUGGUUUCAUGGUCUUUUGCGUUUUCAAAAGCUUUCCUUUGAUUCCGUAUUCUACACUGUUGGUCGCAAUCUCAACGUUUUGGAUGGCAGUGGUCUAUCAUUCUUUUGGCUUAAUCACAUACGGUAUCAUAAGACAAAAGCUAAGAAUUCUUAUCGUCCCACUAGAAAUCGUGCCCACAGCGGAGAUGGUACUUCAAUUUUUUUCCCGUAUGUAUCAAAGGUUAUCUGUUCUUGGUUUUUCGAGCCCAUCCAUUCAAGUUUGUUUUUUUAAUUUGAAAGCUGGAUCAAUGAUCUAAUAUCUUUAGGAGACAAGCCUGAACUUACAUUACGAUAGGUCAUGCUCCUACUUUUUUGCCUCAUAAUGCCUACGAGAUCAAAGCUGUACUGAGUUUUCCCCUGUAGAAUUGUAAUCCAUGGGUAGACGAUCCUUUCCUAUGCUAUGUCUAAAGAGUAUUCUUGAUCAGAUCAUGGGAAAUUAAGAGAAAUCUCGAUGCAGACUCUGAUCUCCAGUUGACAGGAAUGAGUCGAGGUGCUGAGGAUACAGCCUCAGAGGCCUGGUGUUUUUAUUAGAAGCAUGGUGUGAGAAGCUCAUUCGUCCAUAUUCUAGAACAGAUCAAUCAGAUCACAUCUGAGACUGAGCGGGGCCGGGGGCUGUUUAUUUUCACCACGGCGCUAUGUUUGCGCCUCCCAAGUGUACAAUGCUUUCGCGUUCUUCCUCUUUCUUUUUUUUCCUUUUGUCGUCGCUCCGACAAGAAGCACGUCCGAUCUCCGAGUGAGUCCCAAGCGUGCGCUUGGUAAUACAUCCUCUUUAAUGUCUUAGAAGCGCCGUUCAGGAAAACGGGAUGCAAUUUACGGAAGCUGCAUUUUAGGCCACACCCCCUCUUUGUCGUCGACCGUUUGCCCUCGCAAUUUCUAAGCUCUUCUACUUGACAAACAAGACCCGAUGCGCCGCCAAGAAGGUUUUUUGAAUGAUGGAUAUAUUAGUUUCUCUUUCGAGUCGCAAUUUUUUUGAAGACGAUGUUGGUUCUUCUUCAGUUGGUGCAGCUGGAAUGCGACGUAUGAGAGUCUGAUCGGGAGCGAGAGGCCCUUCUCGCGGCCCGUCCCUCUGUCGGUAGGAACCCGUCCUCUCUCUCUCUCUCUCUCUCUCUCUCUCUCUCUCUCUCUCUCUCUCCUUGGGAAGGUGUGGCCAGUCUGCGGGGCCUUGCUUAAGGAGGGAAAUCUGGUUUUGCUUGCAGGAAUUGGUGGACUUGCUUGUGGACGAGUGGGAGGAGGAGGGUAUGUACGACUGA